AUUCGUCUAUAUAAUCAGAGGCAAAGUGAGGUCCAAAGCCUCAUCCAAGAGCCUGCACAUUAGAGCCUACCAAAACAUCAAAUUCUCAAACCCUCGAUGUCGAGAGAAUCAAAUCACCACAUUAACCAGAGUGCCCAGAGAGGAAGUCAGCCGCACCAUGCCGUCGACAUCAGCAAUCUACUAUUGAAAUUGAAGAGGAAGACCGAGGAGAUGCCAAGACAGUUGAACCGAUCCGCGGGCAGGAACUCUUGUUGCAUCUUCAGAGUUCCUCGCAGUCUGGCCGAGAUCAAUAAGAAAGCCUAUCAGCCCCGCAUACUCUCUAUUGGCCCGUAUCACCAUGGCGAAGAGGAGUUCAGCAUGAUCGAGGAGCACAAGGGUCAAUUCCUCCAUUCGCUCCUCACCAGGAUAGAGGAAAGUGGCAUCGGGUACGUGGAGUUGGUUAAGGCCAUUGCACCGAUGGAAAAUCAGAUCCGCGAGAGCUACUCUGAAACCUUGGUCAUCAGUAGCCAAGACCUCAUUCAAAUGAUGAUACUCGACGGUAGCUUCAUUGUUGAGCUCUUCUGCAGAGCCGUGAGGUUGGUUAACCUGCAUACUGACGACCCGAUAUUGAGCAUACCGUGGAUGCUGCCUUUCCUGACACGUGAUCUCCUGGCGCUUGAGAACCAAAUCCCGUUUUCCGUCCUCAAGUGCAUAUUUGAAUUGGCCAUAAGAUCAAGCAAAAUCAGCAGUUGCUCUUUGGCUGAGGUCGCAAUGAAAUUCUUCAACCGCAUGGACGACAGGGAGAUAGAUGUUCUAGGGAGGUACUACAGCAAGGAAGGGAAGCAUUUGCUCGACCUUUUCCGAUUGAGCUAUAUCCCAGAGGCUCGACAAAAAUUGAGUAGGCCAAGAAAGUUCCUCUGCCUGAAUCAGCCAGCGAAGAAGCUCGACAUGGCCGGGGUCAAAUUCAAGCCGAGGAAUUCUUCGAGCUUCUUGGACAUCAAAUUCAGGAACAUCAGCGGCACCCUAGAAAUCCCGAUCCUGAAACUAGACGACUUCCUCAGUUCUCUCUUACUCAACUUCGUUGCGUUUGAGCAGUGCUACCACCACUGCACGAAGCACAUCACGACCUAUGCUACUUUCAUGGGACGCCUCAUGAACACACCUGCCGACGCCGGGUUCCUCAGCGACCGCAAGAUCUUGGAGAACUACCUCGGGGGAGACGAGGAAGUGGCUCGCUUCUUCAGUAUCAUUGGGAAAGACGUGGCAUUCGACAUCGAAAACAGCUAUAUGUCUGAGGUCUUCGAGUGCGUGAACCGGUACUACCAGAAUGGUUGGCACGUCCGAUGGGCUGGCUUCAAGCACACGUACUUCAACACCCCCUGGUCCUUCAUGUCGGCCAUGGCGGCACUCAUACUUCUGAUACUCACCAUGGUUCAGUCCUUCUUUGCUGUCUAUGCAUAUUUUUACCCUCCGCAUAAUUAGCACAAGCCUGGGUUAGCCAUUUUUGGGGAGUUUUUCAGGGUCUAUUUAUGCAAUAGAUGAAGCUUGUGUUGCAUCUUGCAAUUGAAACUUGAGCCGCAAGUCUUGCGGACUCUGCUGGGUGUCAUGUACUCGAAAGUUCAAAUUGGUUCUUGACCACUUGUGUGCUGAAUAAUUAGCCCAUGUAAAUGCAGCAGCAUAAAAUGAUUAGCCCUGCAUCUCUCCGUUUCUCCA